AUGAUCCGACAAUUCAUACUAUUUAUAUUUAUUAUAAUUAAUUUCACGAAUUCGACAAUCGACAAUAAUGCUCAAAAACCAAAAUGUAAUUUGCCACCAUUCACUAAUUUAUUACCACUAAAUUCAAGAAGAGAACUACGAAAAAUAUGGGCUGGUUUUCAUUCGACAAGUACAGCUAAAAAAUGUGAAAGGUUUGUUUGUAAAUUUGGCUAAUAAUUUAUUAUUAGAUACUUUUAUUAGGAAUAAUCCUUCAAAAACAGGAAAAAUGAAACUGAAAAUAUUCCAAAAUAGAACACUCGUUUUCGUUUUCUUCAUUCACCAAUAAUAACAACUCGCCAAAAUUGAAUUUCACAAAAAAAGAUCUAAUUUCAAGCGGAAAUAAAAAUAUUCUUCAGAAAAUAUUGUGUACUAUUCGUCUUGGGAGUUCUGAAAAUCACAAAUAAAUUUAGUAUUAUUCUCAAAUCUCUGAAGAUUUAUUUAUCUUUUUUUUUGGAAAAUAUACAGAUAAGAAGGAUUUUUCAUCGGCUUCUUUUUCUUCAAGAACAAAUCAAAAACUAAGAAAAAACAAUAAUUUUGCAGACAACUGGCUCAAACUCGCGAAUUAAUAUCUGCUCUUCCGGAAGAUGUCAAGUUGAGAAUUCUGGAUUUUGAUCGACCAGAAAGUUCAACUCGCAAAUCAUCAAAUGGAAUGAAUUUUCUGACAGGUCUUUCGGAUAUUGAAAUUUCAAGGUUUUCAGAGGUAAAAAUGAUUGAUAGACAACAAAAUUGGUGUACUUAUUUAUUAGUAUUUCUUAUUCUCAACAAAUAUUCCAUUAUGAAAAUGGGUUCCAUUGAACUUAUAAAUAUUUAAAGAUCAUAUUAAUAUUUUUCAGAUAAUGAUGAAUAGAUCAGUAUCUCAUGAUCAGAGAUAUGAUAUGCUAAGAAAUUGGGCUUCGGAAACACUUGAUCUUGAUGCAAUUAAUCAAGUUGAACAAUUUAUUGUUUUUCAAAAACGGAAAAACGCAAGCUUCAAAACAAAAAUUGAUCGACUUUCCUCAGAAGCCCGUAUUGCUCAUGAUAAAUUGGAAUCUUUGAGAAGAUUGAAACAAGAAGUUUAUGUUGAUUUAAGUGAAAAAGCGAAAAAGGAAUUAGCUGGAUUAUAUCGAACAAAAUGUCCAAAAGGAAGUAUUUAUGAAGCAAGUGAUUUAGAUGCCGAAGAAUUACAAUUAGCAUGUUCGAUUGAUGAUAAAAUACCAAUUGGAAGAACAACAACAACUCCAAUUUCAACAACAACUGAAAUGAUUACAACACCUUGUCCAUCUCCACCAGAAGAUAUUCUUUCUACAACUUCUUCAUCAUCUGCACCUGUUCCAACUACUACUUUAGAACCAAUAACAUCAACACUUCCAUUGAUUUUCACAUCUGGAGAACCGCUUUGGACAAAGUUAACAUUCACAAAUCCGCCAACAACAACUACACCAGAUGAUACACCAAAACAAUUAUCGUUUGAAAUUCAAAAACAAAUUGCAAAACCAUCUGAAAAACCAAAAGGAGUUGCUUCGAUGUUUGCGACUGAUCAAGAUAGACUUGAAGAUUUAUUGAAAAGAAUAUUCAAUACUAAAUCACUUAAACUUUUUUGA